AUGCUCGUUCUCAGAGGAGGCACAGAGCUGCUCACUGCACCUCCUCACACCAAGCGGCACGUCCUGCAAAUCCCUGCUCAUCCUCCAUGCGGGAGCGCACACGAAGAAGAUGCUGCCUCGCCGGCAGAUAUGGCGUUUUUGAUCCAAUACAUUAAACAGAACCUCAUCGUCGAGCGGCCAGAGCUGUUCGUAGAUGUAGACGGCAACGGCGUUCGGCCUGGCAUCCUGGUGCUGAUUAACGAUGUAGACUGGGAGCUGGACGGCGAGACGAGCUACGUGUUGCAAGAUGGCGACGAAGUUUCCUUCAUCAGUACCCUCCACGGUGGCUGA